AUGGCAGUAGAACUUGGCAUCAUCCAUGGGAUUCUAGCUUUGCAGGCAUGCAGAAUGCAAGAGUUACAGAGUCAUAGGGGCUUCACCAAGGUUCUAGAAAAAGCCUGUGUGGUCAUACAGCUAGAAUCCAUCAGGACCACAUACAUAGGGCAGGUGCAAGGCAGCCUCAUCCAUGUAAAAGGCACUGAUGUAGGAGUCCACACCUUCCUGGGAAUUCCCUUUGCCAAGCCACCUCUUGGACUGCUGCAGUUUGCACCCCCUGAACCUCCUGAACCAUGGAAUGGUGUAAAGGAUGCGACCUCCCAUCCAUUUGACUACUGCACAGAUGCUAGAAUAACUGCCAUUGUCACUAGGUGUCUGCAGAAUGCUGAUAAAAUGAAUGAUCUGGUCGUGGCCCUGUUGAAUCUGACCCCACCUUCUGUCUCCAUGUCUGAGGACUGCCUGUGUCUCAGCAUCUACGCACCUGCACAUGACCAUGAGGGCUCCAACCUGCCAGUGAUGGUAUGGAUCCACGGUGGUGCACUUGUUGUAAGCAUGGCUUCCUUAUAUGGUGGAUCCAUCCUGGCCACCAGUGAGAAUGUGGUGGUGGUCACCAUCCAGUACCGCCUUGGUGUCCUGGGUUUCUUCAGCACUGGAGACCAGCAGGCCAGAGGCAACUGGGGCUACCUGGACCAAGUGGCUGCCCUACGCUGGGUCCAGCAGAAUAUCAUUUACUUUGGAGGCAACCCUGACCAUGUCACUAUUUUUGGCAAGUCAGCGGGUGGCACAAGUGUAUCUUCACAUGUUGUGUCCCCUCUGUCCCAAAGACUCUUCUACGGUGCCAUCAUGGAGAGUGGGGUGGCUGUGCUGCCUAACCUCAUCUCCAACACUUCUGAGACAGUGUCCAGCUUGUCUGGAUGUGAGAAGGUGGACUCAGGGGCCCUGGUGAAGUGCCUGAGGGGCAAGAGAGAAGAGGAAAUACUAGCUAUUAACAAGGCUUUCACAACUAUCCCUGGUGUGGAUGGAGCCUUUCUUCCCAGACACCCCCAGGAGCUGUUAACCUCUGCUGAUUUUCACCCUGUCACCGGCAUCAUUGGUGUCAACAAUGAUGAAUUUGGCAGGUUUCUUCCCACAGGUAUGAAUAUAUCUGACAUCACUAAGGAAACGGACAGAGAGACCUUGCAGGCUUAUCUGCAGAAUUCCUCAGCACAGUUGACGUUGCCUCCAGAGUUUGGGGAAGAAGAAUACAUGGGAGACACAGAGGAUCCUAAGACCCUCCAAGCUCAAUUCCUUGAGAUGAUGGCAGAUACCAUCUUUGUGAUCCCUGCACUACCAGCACAUUUUCAACGUUCCCAAGCACCUGUCUACUUUUAUGAGUUCCAGCAUCAGCCCAACGUUUUCAAGGAUAUCAAGCCACACGUGAAGGCUGACCAUGGCAAUGAGCUUCCCUUUGUCUUUGGAUCCUUCUGCGGCAGCAAGAUUGACCUCACUGAGUAAGAAGAGCUACUGAGCAGGAAGGUAAUGAAAUACUGGGCCAACUUUGCCCAAAAUGGGAACCCUAACAGCAAGGACCUGCCCCACUGGCCUAUGUUUGAUCAGGAUGAACAGUACCUGCAGCUGGACAUCUACCCUGCUGUGGGCCGUGCCCUGAAGGCCCACAGGUUUCAGUUCUGGACCAAGAUCCUACCCCAGAAGAUCCAGGAGCUAAAGAACAUUGAGAACAAACAUACAGAGCUGUAA